AUAUAAUUAGUGCGCGUGUGUAUAUGUGUAUACUGUCGGAGCUACUUCUCCUACGCUAUUUCCGCCUAGUUUUUUGUCUUCCUUCUAUCUUUCUCUGUGUAUUCUCUCUAUCACUGUUUCUCUCUCUCACUCUCUUGCACUCACUCACUCUCGUUCUUUCUAGACGAUACAAAACGUUCUAACCAACGACCUCGUUUUUCGGUCUUUCUCUCCCUUCCCUCUCUCUCUCUCUCUUUCUCUCUCCCUUCAUCCUGUGUGUAUAUCUAUACGUGUAUAAUGCGUGCAUUUCUAUGUAUGUGAAAGAGAAAGAAAGGAAAAGAGAGAGAGAGAUUACAAAUAAAAAAAUAAUAAAAGAGAAGGAAAGAGAAAAUAAUAUUAACGGAGAAUUCGACAUAGGAAGGAAACAACAUCGUCUUCGAGGAAUUUUCAAUCGUGGAUGAUACACCACACCAUUUUCAUCGUCAACGUCGUCAACGUAGUCAACGUAGUCAACGUAGCCGUAACACGCCGUCUCGAAAAAAAGGAAGGAACGAUCAACGAUAAUCAAGAAAGAAAGACAGAAAAGAAAAGAUAAAUCGAUUGAUUCCUCGUCGAUCAAUUUGUCAUCUUAUUUGGUUGUUCGAACCCUCUGGCCCUCCUGUGCCCCCCACGGCCUCUUGUUUGCUUGUUAAAUUUUGAAGCAACAACAACCAUCACCACCAUUGGAAAUGAACCAACCGCGGGAUCUGUUUUUCUCGCUUGUUGUAUAUGUGUGAUGACCACUACUCGAAUAAUAUUAUUACCAACGUGCCAACGAGAAUAAGAAUAUGGGUCCUGUUGUAGUGGUAACACCGAGGUGGAGGAUUGGUUAAUCGAAUAAACGGCAAUUAGGAAUCCGUCGUGCUAACGACGCACGACGUCGAACGAUCUUGAUGGGAGGACGUAGAAGAAGACGAAAACCAGCAACUAUCGAUAAAUUAAUAACAAUAAUUAUCGUCAUUGUUAUAGUUUUUAUUAUUGUUCCAUCGAAUUUGUUAAAAAUCGCGUUGGUCCACGUGAACGACCAACCGAAAUCAAUGAACACCAUCGUCUUAUCUUCAUCAUCAUCAUCAUCAUCGUCAUCAUCAUCAGCAUUGUCGUCAUUGUCAUCGUCAUCGUUGUCAUCAAUAUUAUCCAAUCGUAUCGAUGGAUUUCAAAUGAUUCAAUAUUACGACAAAUUGUUUAAGUUUUUAACGGGAGUUAAAUCAUAUCUCUAUUGUUAUUAACUUCAAAUAAUAUUCGUAAGAUUUACGAGUGAUAUUAUAUUACCUACGAUCUACGAUGAACGAUCAUUUUGAUUAAUAUCGAAAUUAUAUAUUCAGAUAAAUAAUAAACGAGAGAGAGAGAGAGAGAGAGGGAACAAGUAAGAAGAAAAAGAAGAGAAGAACUUUUUUCGGUGGACGACAAUUUGGCAAAGAAAAUUUCGAAAAAAGGAGACAAGUUGGAAGAAAAUUACUGAAAAGUUAAAAAAAAAAAAAAAAAAUAAGCGGGCAGAAAAAUGUAUUUCUCACGACGCAUGCGCAGAAUGGAGAUACACGAGGAGUUAAACAGUAAUAGCAGUAGUAGUAAUAGUAGUACUAGUAGUAGUAGUAGUAGGAAGUCAACUAGGAGUACAACAAGAAGCAUCAGUAGUACACUUGACGAUCAGCAAUCAGCAGCAAACUUCUGUUGUCAAAGUGGUGGUUGUUGUUUUUGUCGUUGUCGUUGUUGCUCGAACGGUGUUACGAUGAUUAAUAACGAGUGUAAAAAGGAUUAUAAAGAAGAAAAUGAUGAUGAUGAUGAUAAUAAUAAUAAGGAGGAGUGUAACAAUAAUCAUUUUUCAACGAGAACUUGUGUACUUUGUGAAAGGUUGCACGGAUCUUCUUCGUUAAAUUCGUCUGAUCGUCAUUUAGAUGAAAUAGAUUCGAAUUAUUAUAAUUCAUCGUCAUCUUCAUCGUCAUCUUCAUCGUCAUCGUCAUCGUCUUCUUCCUCUUCUUCGAAAUAUUGUCGUUCAUUUUACGAAGUAUCAUCGAAGAGUAUCAGAAGAAAGGACGACAAGGAUAAAUGGAUAACAAGGGAAAAUAAUUAUUCAUCAUUGCAAAAUCGUGGAGAAAAUUCGAGAUACGCUUCGAGUGUUGUACGGUGGAAAAAUUUGUGCUUUUGGAGAUUAGCGUUCAGUAUUGCCCUAUUCCUUGCAUUAACUUUCCCGCCUAACGCUGUCGCCAGUUUGCAAAGAAAAACUUCGGUUGGGUACUCCAAAAAAGACGGGGUGUGCCAAAGUAUAGACAUAAGAAACAGCGUGAAUCAAUUCACAAGACUGCAAGGAUGUCGAGUAGUCGAAGGAUUCGUCCAAAUUCUCCUAAUCGAUCAUGCCGACGAUUCGGCCUUUGCGAAUCUCACCUUUCCAGAUUUGGUAGAAAUAACGGAAUACCUCAUUUUAUACAGAGUUAAUGGAUUACGAAGCGUCGGCCGUCUAUUUCCCAACCUGACAUUGAUUCGAGGUCAUUCUUUAUUUAUUAAUUAUGCAUUAGUUGCAUUCGAGAUGAUGCACCUGCAAGAAAUCGGUCUCCAUUCGUUAACCGAUAUUCUACGUGGUUCGGUACGUUUCGAAAAAAAUCCAGCACUUUGUUAUGUCGACACCAUCGAUUGGGAUAUCAUAGCCAAAGCUGGGAAAGGUGAACACGUCAUAUCGGGAAAUAAACCAAAGAAUGACUGUCCGAUAUGUGAAAAAAAUUGUACUACAAGAUUGACCAACAAUAAGCCCGAUGAGACAUUUUGUUGGAAUCGGCAGCACUGUCAACGAAUAUGCGACGGAUGUUUGGAAGGUGUCUGCGAUGCGUCUGGUCAGUGCUGCCACCCAUCGUGUUUGGGAGGUUGUACAGGACGAACAGCAAAUGAUUGCAAAGUUUGUAAGAAUGUAUUAAUUGGACCUAAUCAGUGUGGAGAACGUUGUCCAGAGGGUACAUUUGAAUUUAUGAAUCGUCGUUGCAUCGGAGAGGACGAAUGUCGUAGAAUGUUGAAGCCCCGUGAAGCUUUAAGUAUUGUCAAAGAUUAUCCGUACAAACCGUUCAAUGGUAGCUGCAUAAUUGAGUGUCCUGCAGGAUACAUGGACGAAGAAGUUAACAACAAGACAUCUUGUAGAAAAUGUAAGGGUCCUUGUUUAAAGGAAUGUCGUGGUACCAGCGUCGACAGUAUCGCUUCUGCUCAGAAGUUACGUGGUUGCACUCAUAUAACUGGUAGCCUUGAGAUUCAAAUAAGAGGUGGUAAAAAUAUAGUCAACGAGUUGGAGGAUAGUUUGAAUAUGAUAGAAGAGAUCGAUGGGUAUCUUAAAAUCGUUAGAAGUUUUCCUCUGAUAUCGUUGAACUUUUUAAAAAGUCUUAGAGUUAUAAGAGGGAACUCUUUGGACAACAACAAAUAUACUCUCGCUGUUCUGGAUAAUCAGAAUCUUCAAGAACUUUGGGAUUGGAGUACGCACGGUAAUAUUGGUAUUUACUCCAAAGAUGGUCCGGCCAAAGUCUUCUUUCAUUUCAAUCCUAAGCUCUGCUUUUAUAAGAUCGAAGCUCUAAGGAAAAAGGCAGAUCUUCAAGAGUUUACUGAUCUCGAAGUGGCGCCUAACAGUAAUGGCGAUAAAGUGGCUUGUAAUGUUACCGAAUUGAAAACAGUUGUCACUAAAACUACAUCGGAUGCAGCAUUGAUCGAAUGGGAACAAUUCACUCAUCAUGAUCCCAGAUCAUUAUUGGGAUACGUUGUAUACUUUAUAGAAGCACCUAAUGAAAAUGUGACAAUGUACGAUGGAAGAGACGCUUGCGGGGGUGACGGUUGGAGAGUUGAUGAUGUUUCUGCCAUAGAAGGAACUACCAAAUCAGUUACUCCUAAUUAUACAGAACCUGAAAAAACAACAUAUCUCUCUCAUAUCUUAACGCAAUUGAAACCAUUCACGCAAUACGCGUUUUACGUAAAAACAUAUACCAUCGCUACAGAGAGGUCAGGGGCUCAAAGUAAAGUUACAUAUUUUACCACCAAACCCCAUGCACCCAGCGCGCCCAGAGCUCUCACAACUCGGAGCAAUUCUAGCAGCGAAAUCAUAAUCUCUUGGUCUCCGCCAUUAAAAAAAAAUGGUAAUCUUACGUAUUACAGAAUUAUGGGACGUUGGGUAAAAGAUGAUUCCAGUUUUAUCGAUCAGAGAAACUACUGCGAUGAACCAAUGCCCUUGCCGGAGAAAAAAUCGAUCUCUGUCAUAGCCGAGGAAGAAAGAAAACGCGCGGAGGAAGAAUUAGUUAAAAUACCUGACUUAUCUUCCUGCGAUUGUGCGGAUAGGGAAUUAGAUCAGUCGAUGCGCGAAAAAGAAGUUUCAAGUUCUAUUGCAUUCGAGGAUGCUUUACACAAUCAGGUUUACGUGAAACGAAUAGAUGCUCGUAGAAGACGAGACACUUCCGAGAUACUUCAGGCGAUCAAAAUGAUGGAUCAAAAUAUCACCAAGGCGGAAUCUUUGCAGAAAAAAUAUCAAAAUGAAGAGAUGGUAAACAAUACGUAUAUCACAUUCGACAGAGAAGUGCCCACGCCAAAUCUCAGCUACGUUUUGAAAAAUCUUAGACACUUUGCUUAUUAUAACAUCGAAGUACAAGCUUGCCGAGAGGUUGUGAAAAAUGAUACCAAUGAUACUUGUUCGACUAAGAGUAUGAAGACUUAUCGAACUUUACCAUUGAAAGGUGCUGAUAAUAUUCCACCUAAUACUUUGAAAUUGACUUUGAUGAAAACGAAUAAUAGCUUCACUGAUAUUAAGCUUACUUGGGCAGAACCAUCGGAACCCAAUGGUUUGAUCGUUACAUAUCAAAUCGAGUAUAAGAGAGUGGAUAUACAAAAUAUAAAAGCAACGGUAGUUUGCAUUACUAGACGUGAUUUUAAUGCAUCUGGCAAUGUCUACUAUCUUAAAGAUCUCCCACCUGGCAAUUACUCGAUCAAAGUCAGGGCUACAAGUUUGGCUGGAAAUGGAAAUUACACGGAGCCCUUAUAUUUCUUCAUCAAAGAAUCCAAUAUAGGACUCUAUUGGAUACUAUUUUGGUCGAUCUUUUGUAUUUUAGUUGUUGUCCUGUCACCCGCAGUGUUUUAUUUCUGCAAAAGGAAGUACAUGCGUAACGUUCGUAGUGUUAGACUCAUAGCAACUGUUAAUCCCGAAUACGUGAGCACAGUUUACGUGCCCGACGAAUGGGAAGUACCCAGAAAGAAAAUUCAAGUUUUGAAAGAAUUAGGAAAUGGUUCUUUUGGAAUGGUUUACGAAGGUUUAGCCAAAGACGUCGUUAAAGGGAGACCUGAAGUUCGUUGUGCUGUUAAAACCGUCAAUGAGAAUGCGACUGAUAGAGAAAGAAUAGAAUUUCUUAACGAAGCGUCUGUUAUGAAAGCUUUUAACACUCAUCACGUGGUAAGAUUACUCGGUGUAGUAUCUCAAGGACAACCUACAUUGGUAGUAAUGGAGUUAAUGGUGAACGGUGACUUGAAGACUUACUUGAGAAGUCAUAGACCCGACGUUUGCGAAAAUUUCUCUAGACAGCCACCGACUUUGAAAAGAAUUUUACAAAUGGCAAUCGAAAUAGCCGAUGGCAUGGCUUACCUUGCGGCUAAGAAAUUCGUUCACAGAGAUUUAGCGGCAAGAAAUUGUAUGGUAGCCGAAGAUCUUACCGUUAAGAUCGGUGAUUUCGGAAUGACCAGGGAUAUCUAUGAGACUGAUUAUUAUCGUAAAGGUACCAAAGGUCUUUUACCUGUAAGAUGGAUGGCACCGGAAAGCUUGAAGGAUGGCGUCUUUACGAGUUUUUCCGAUGUUUGGAGUUAUGGUGUCGUUUUAUGGGAAAUGGUAACUCUUGCCUCUCAACCAUAUCAAGGCUUAUCGAAUGACCAGGUAUUACGAUAUGUAAUCGAGGGAGGUGUUAUGGAACGUCCUGAGAACUGUCCAGACUCGCUUUACAAUUUAAUGAGACGUACUUGGUGUCAUAAAGCAACAAAAAGACCAACUUUUAUCGAUAUAGCUACCGUAUUGCUACCAGAUGUUAAUUUGGAAGAUUUCGAACGAGUCAGUUUUUAUCACAGUUCUGAAGGCAUCGAAGCGAGAAAUCAGAAUAUGUCUCAUUCGCCGCAAACUGACAAGGACCUGGAGAUGGCAACUCUUCAAGAGUUCCGUGAAGAGGAAGCUGAAGGAGAAGAAGAUUCUCCUUUACGUCAGGAUUUUGGGGAUUUUGCAAGUUUCGAGCCGACCAGUAUUAAAAACAGUUUGAGCCCACGUUACACGUUAGAACCAUACGGUGAGAAUUCUAAAACAACGACGAACUUCCAUGACAUGAAUUUGUCUAAGAUACCAUUGAAAGCAGGUUUCGAUGAUUUCGAUGGUAUUUCAGGAGAUUCUUUAGCGUCGAGCAAAGAUACAUUAAAUUUACCAUUCGUCGAGGAUAGUUUGAAAUCUGUUAAAAAUUCACCCUUCAUUCAUGCUAAAAGUACACCCAAAGGGAUCGAUAAUCAAACAUCGACAGGAAGGGCAACAAGUCUACAAAAUUUGAUCAAACAACAUAUGCAGCAACGAACGCAGGAAGAUAGUCCGAUUUCUAUCAAAUCUAAAUCCAAGAAAAAUCCUGAUUAUGAGAAUAGUAGUCCGAUGAUAUUAGCGAACUACGAAAGAAACUUUUCUUUCCCAUCGCUAUCGUUGAAUACCUUAGAGAUCGACGUUGACAUUGAAGGGAAACGUAGACGCCAUUCGCCAACAGUUGAAUAUAUGAACGAACCUGAGACUUUGAACAAUGGUUACAUCGGUGGUAACAAUAAAAAAACGUAGUCCAUCUACGUGAAACUCUUCUUUAAUUAUAAUAGUCGACGGGUUCGUAAUAAAGACUCAACAUAGCUCAUUUAUUUCUCGUCGCUAUGAACAAAAAGAAGAAAGAGAGAAAGAGGAAAUAGUUGUAAUUAAAAAAGAAAAGCAAAAAAAAGGCAGUGUCUAGAACGAAAGAAACGUAUUUAUCACUUAUUUAUCAAUGAACAAUCCUAAGUUGUAAUCACGCGGGCGUUUAAUGACAGUUCAAGCUUACAUGAAAGAACAAUUAUAAAUGAAUUGAUUUUUUUUU